AUGGGGUUAUUUUCAUGCUUAACCAAAAAUAAGCAGAUCCCUAACAGUGAACGUUAUUCAAGCUCUAAAUCGUCAUCUCCUAUUAACUUGUGCUGUUUCUACUACUCCCACUUUCAGGAUUAUUUUUCGGGUCAACAGGCAAUUUUACACUUUAUUGAUCUGAUGUCUACACCGCUAUUGGAUGUUGAUGGGGUUGGUCAUGGUAAUGCUACAUUGAUGUCAUCUUCAGCAUCUGUGGACUGUGUUUCCCAGAGUGGCUCGGGGUUGAAAGAAUGCAAUUUUCUGGGAUUGUCUGAUUGUUCUUCAGUGGACAGCUCGGCAGUCUCAAAUGUGUCUGUGGAAAACAAGAACAAUUUGAAUUUGAAGGCCACAGAAUUGAGGCUUGGUCUUCCUGGAUCCCGAUCCCCUGAACGAGAUUCAGACUUUAGCCUGCUGACUUCAGGCAAGCUCGACGAGAAGCAGUUGUUUCCGUUGCUUCCUUCCAAGGAUGGAAUCUGUUCGUUGACACAGAAGUCCAUUGUUUCUGGAAAUAAAAGAGGAUUCUCAGACACUGUGGACGGAUUUUCUGAAAUAAAAAGUUCUGUUUUUACUGAAGGAAAAUGGAUGUUCAAUGCUACUGGUUCUGACUCUGGAACUCCUCAAUCUGUUGUGGAGGCAAAGUUAGCUGGCAAUGCCGGGUUAAAUGUGAUUCUCUCCAACAAUUCAUCUGGGGCUCAGCCAUCCAUGAAGAAAGAGGUGUCAACAAGAGCACCAAAGGAAGGCCAUAACAAGAUGAAUGGUUCUAACAAUAACAGCAGUGCACCUGCUGCUAAGGCUCAGGUGGUUGGUUGGCCACCAAUCAGAUCUUUCAGGAAGAAUACUCUGUCCACAACCUCAAAGAACAAUGACGAAGUUGAUGGUAAACCUGGUCCUGGUGCUCUUUUUGUCAAGGUCAGCAUGGAUGGUGCUCCUUAUUUGAGGAAGGUGGAUCUCAGGACAUAUUCCACAUAUCAAGAACUUUCUUCUGCUCUUGAAAAAAUGUUCAUGUGCUUUACUAUAAGAAAAUGUGGAUCCCAGGAAGCUCCAGAUAGGGAAAUGCUGGGUGAGAACAAGCUCAAGGAUCUUUUGAAUGGAGCAGACUAUGUGCUAACAUUCGAGGACAAGGAUGGUGACUGGAUGCUUGUUGGAGAUGUUCCAUGGGAGAUGUUUAUUGAAUCAUGCAAGAGGCUCAAAAUUAUGAAAGGCUCUGAUGCUAUUGGAUUAGCUCCCAGGGCCAUGGAGAAAUCCAAGAACCAGAAGUAG